CACUAACACACACACACCGCGCUCUGAUUGGUCCGUCCACGGGGUCCCGGUAUAAGUAGGGGGCCAGCAGGAGGACCGGAGCACCUGACCCAGGACCUCCUCAGACCCAGGACCUCCUCAGACCCAGGAACUCCUCAGACCCAGGACCUCCUCAGACCAGGGACCUCCUCAGACCCAGGACCUUCUCAGACCAGCAUGGCGUCCGGCUCCGCUCCGGUCUCCUUCCUCCUGCUGCUCCUCUUCCUCGGCCUCCUGGGCUCGGCCUCUGGCUUCCAGCCGCUCCCAGAGGAAGCGGCUCCUCGCCGCGCUCGUUUCUCCUCCAACAGCCCCACUGACGUGGCCCGCUGUCUCCAUGGCUCCGUCUCCGUGGGUUGUGGUUUCUUUUCGUGUCUCGAGAACUCGACGUGUGACACGGAUGGGAUGCACGAGAUCUGUGAGCUGUUCCUCCAAUCAGCAGCCAGCUUCAACACGGAGGGUAAGACCUUCGUGAAGAAGAGUCUUCUCUGCAUCUCUCAAGGAAUUUCCUCCAAGAUUUUCCAAACAAUCCGACGCUGCAACAUCUUCCAGAGGAUGAUCGCCGAGGUGCAGGAGGAGUGUUUCAGCAGUCUGGACAUCUGCACUGUGGCCCGGACCAACCCGGACGCCAUCGGAGAGGUGGUGCAGGUCCCCACCCACUUCCCCAACAGGUACUACAGCACCCUGCUGCAGACGCUGCAGGUGUGUGACGAGCAGACGGUGGCCUCGGUGCGGACCGGCCUGGUGGCCCGGCUGGGCCCCGACAUGGAGGCCUUCCUCCAGCUGGUCCAGAGCAAGCCGUGCGCCGCCGGCUCCGGCUCCGCCUCCUUCAACGACCCGUCCAGCUGGAGGAACAUGCCGGUGUUCAACGUGCAGCCGGGCUUCAGGGGCCGAGACCCCACCCACCUAUUCGCCAGGAAGAGGUCCGUGGGGGUGGAGGGGGGGGUCCGGGCGCAGCAGUAG